AUGAGCACCAACGAAUUCCACUCCGAACAGCAUUCGGACAACUCGCACCCCAGCCCAGCUCCGAGUAACGCGGGCUCGACGGGGACGUCGGGCAUCACCGUGCGCAAUGGUCCGCAAGGCCAACCGCUGAGUUUUAGGAGACAACGUGCAUCACGCGCGUGCGAGACUUGUCAUGCUCGAAAGGUCCGAUGUGAUGCUGCGAGUCUCGGAGUGCCCUGCACCAAUUGUGUCGCCUUCUCGAUCGAAUGCAAGAUUCCCUCGCCGAAACGAAAGAAGAGUCAAGCCAAGAGCAAGGAUGAGUCGCGGUAUGGUGACAGUCCCCCACACACUGCAUCCUCGCUCGUCGACGCCGCCGUUGCUCAAUUUCGACCCACCGAGGAGCCAGCGCGCUCUGGAUCUGUGUCUGGAUCUGUCUCGGCACCACGGGAAGCGGAGCGGAACUCCGACUCAGACGAGAAGGAUGCUUUUGGAUACAGAGGAAACCGUAUGGCUACCGAAGGCAUGCCUGUUACCUCUCUUUCUGAGGCCGAGGCAGCCCAACAAGCAUCGGCCAACAAUGCCUACGCUCAAUUCAUGAAGCCCAAGUUUGCUCGGGCUCCGAUAAAAGACGCUGGCCGAGUGGCGUAUCUGGGCGAGUCAUCAAAUCUGUCUCUGCUGGUUCAAGAUCGACAUGGCACGACAGAUGUAGUGCACUACCCGCUCCCACCGAAUAUCAGAGGAUCUCGCGCACGCUUGACAGACUUGGACAAUUUGGAAAUCGAUAUUCUGCAUCAGCGCGGUGCUUUCUUGCUCCCUCCAAAACCGCUGUGCGAUGAGUUGGUCGAAGCCUACUUCAAGUGGGUGGCGCCAGUGGUGCCGAUUAUCAACAAGAGUCGCUUCAUGCGUCAAUACCGAGACCCUAAGAACCCACCUUCGCUGCUUCUCUUGCAGGCGAUUCUGCUGGCAGGAUCGAGAGUCUGCACCAACCAGCAGCUGAUGGAUGCUAAUGGGUCGACCACCCCCGCUGCCAUGACUUUCUACAAGCGUGCUAAGGCGCUAUAUGAUGCCAACUAUGAGGAUGAUCGCGUCACCAUCGUGCAGGCACUGGUGCUCUUGGGUUGGUACUGGGAAGGACCUGAAGAUGUCACCAAGAAUGUGUUCUACUGGACUCGGGUCGCGAUGGUAGUUGCACAGGGCUCUGGAAUGCACCGCAGUGUCGAAAUGUCACAGCUUAGCAAACCAGACAAGAGACUCUGGAAGAGGAUUUGGUGGACUCUUUUCACCCGUGAUCGUUCUGUGGCUGUCGCAUUGGGACGCCCAAUCGGAAUCAAUACAGACGACUCGGAUGUUGAGAUGGUCACAGAAGACGAUUUCAUUGAAGAUGAGCUCGAUGCCCCGGCCGACAUUCCUCCAGAUCCCGUCCAUGUCCACUUCUUCCUCCAAUAUGUUAAAUUGUGUGAGAUCAUGGGCUUGGUUCUGUCACAGCAGUACUCUGUGGCUUCAAAGUCACGGCGCAUGAAUGCAAUGGACCUCACCCACUCAGAUAUGGCCUUGGCCGAUUGGCUGCAGAACUGCCCCAAGGAGGUUUGCUGGCAACGGUCUAGACAUCAUUUCUGGGCAGCUCUCUUGCAUUCAAACUACUAUACCACGCUAUGUCUUCUUCACAGGGCUCACAUGCCGCCUGCCUCCUCUGCGCCAAAUAGUUACAGGGUUGAAGAAAUGGCUUACCCAUCACGUACCAUUGCCUUCCAGGCUGCAGGUAUGAUCACUUCAAUUGUCGAAAAUCUGCACGCCCACGGAGAGAUUCGAUUUGCACCUGCAUUCAUCGUUUACAGUCUUUUCUCGGCCUUGAUCAUGCACGUGUAUCAAAUGCGUUCUUCGGUUCCUUCGAUUGUGACGACUUGCCAGGAAAGAAUCAAUGCAUGCAUGCUGGCACUGAAGGAUGUAUCAAAGGUUUGGCUGGUGGCGAAGAUGGUCAACACGCUUUUUGAGUCUAUUCUAGGAAACAAGAUUCUAGAGGAGCGACUCCAGAAAGCUGCUGGCCGGAAACAUCAAAGAAACCGACACGAAAACGCCGCCUCUUCGAAGAGGCCAGACCCGCCGAAACGCAAGUUCGACGACAUGGAUCUCGGACUGCCAAAUGGUGGCCCUACACCUCCUGUCUCAUACGAGCGCUCUCGUCCCCAGACGCCCGCCGUUACACCAUCACGAGAACUGAACCAACCCCCUCUGGGCCACCAAUCACCAAACACACACCGCGGUCCCCACGAUCCAAUGACAGGUACAGGCAACUCUCGAGCCAACACCCGGCCAACAACUCCCUUCAAUGGCCAAUUCUCUCUCCCUGCCACGCCCCCCGAUUUCUUCCUAGUAACGCGCGCGUCACCAAACCUCUCUCCAUCCCUCUGGGAAAACUUCCAACCAGAUCAACUCUUUCCCGACGGCACAGCCUUCUUCCCAGAGCUGACCUCUCCACCCCCACCUGGCUCAGUCGACCCAUCCCUCCAUAUCCCAUCCAACCUCCAACCCCCGAACAUGUCCCAGCGUCCAGGCCCAAUGAUGAACAACCAACCCCAGCCGGUUCCAGGCGGCCGCAGCAUGCCCGCCUCCCAGGGUAGCCCACAGAUGAUGCAAGGCAUCCCAGGCGCCGUUGGCAUGCAGCCAACAGCCCCACAACCAAUGUUCGGCAUGGACGGCCAACAGACCUGGCCCCCAAUGCAAGGCCUCGACGGAACAAUGAGCGGUGCAGCCAUGGACAACGCCAGCCAGGAUGAUAACUGGAGUAGCAGUUCGCGCAGUGGACCUACUGCACCUACCACACUGAAUGUCGAGGACUGGUUCCAGUUCUUUGGUAUUAACGGUGGCUUUGGAGAUUUGGCUGCGUAA